UCUCUCCCCCUUUCCCUUGGUGACAAUCAUUAAUUAUUCCUCUGUCACUAUAACUCUUAACCAAAUCUUACUGCCAAUCCCAAAUAACCAAUCAGUUCUUCUUUGAUCAGAUCAGUAUCGAGAAUCAUGCAUGACUCAAUAGGAAUUCUUGCUUGCUUUUCAUCUAGUGAUCAGAGGCAAGCUGAUGUGCCAGCCAGUGUAGGCAGAUCAGGUCAGAGCGUUUUUAUGUCAGCAUAUCGAACAAAGCUUGCUGGUCAGUGUCGCUUGAUUAAUGUUACAUGGUGUAGGAAUUUAUUACUGCAUGGCCUAUCUGUUUCUGUUCAAGGACCUGGAGGGGACGAGCAUUGCAGGUGCAAAAUUGAACUGAAGUCCUGGUAUUUCUGGAGAAAACAAGGGUCCAAGCAUUUUAUUGUUGAUGGUACGACUGUUGAUGUGGUUUGGGACCUCAAGGCUGCAAAAUUCAAUGGUGAGACCGAGCCGCAAUCAGAUUACUAUGUUGCCAUCGUUUGUGAAGAUGAGGUUGUAUUGCUUCUGGGUGAUCAAAAGAAAGACGCUUAUAGAAAGACAGGUUGCAGGCCAUCUCUUAAGGAACCAAUGUUAGUCUCCAGGAGGGAACAUAUAUUUCUUAAGGAACCAAUGUUAGCUGCAAAAUUCAAUGGUGAGACCGAGCCGCAAUCAGAUUACUGUGUUGCCAUCGUUUGUGAAUAUGAGGUUGUAUUACUUCUGGGUGAUCAAAAGAAAGACGCUUAUAGAAAGACAGGUUGCAGGCCAUCUCUUAAGGAACCAAUGUUAGUCUCCAGGAGGGAACAUAUAUUUGGUAGGAGGAAGUUCGCUACAAGGGUUAAGUUUAAUGACAAGGGAGCCUUUCAUGAUAUCUCAGUCGAAUGCAACAAUAGUAACAGCAGCAACAGCAGCUCUGAUGGGUUUGAUCCAGUAUUGGAGAUAAGAGUAGAUGGGAAACUAGCCAUUCAGAUUAACUAUCUUCAGUGGAAAUUUAGAGGCAAUGAGUCCAUUAAUGUGGGCAAAAAUGGAGUAGAAGUUUUUUGGGAUGUUCAUGAUUGGCUCUUUGGUUCAGGUCCAAGGAAUGGUCUUUUCAUAUUUAACCCAAUUCCAUCAUCUUCUGUACCAGUAUCAUCAAUAUCAGCUCCAUCAUCCCCUCCAUCAUCAUCAUCAUCAUUGACAUCGUUGCCUUUGUCAAAUCAGGAAGUGAAUUCAGCAUCAGGAGAUUAUGAUAAUGCAACGGGUUCCUCCAGGUUCUGCUUAUUUCUCUAUGCCUGGAAGGUAGAAUGAAAAUUGUACAGUGCAUGGAGCAUUUAUAGGAGUAGUUUCUUGAUACAUCAUCGUCAUUCAUGCAUCAUUCCCUAUGAAUC